AUGACUACUACCACCACCUUCUCUUCCUGGAACGAGGUGAAAGCCAACGAAGGUUCCAACAUGGACCUCCGUCGUGUUCUACCCCUUCUAUCCUUCUUCACCACUUCCGAGAUCGAGGAACAACUCUCCUCAAAUACCUUCCUUCCCUUAUACCUGAACGAUAACUGCGAACUUCCGCCUAUCAAAUUCAAGAUUACCGGCGGGAACGUCUCCGUCUGCGAUGACGACGAUGCCGGUGACGAAGAAUCGACAAACGCUAAAAGGAAUACAUACCUCCAAUGGCGAUCGAGGUGUCUUGAGUACUCUUGA